AGCUUUUGUAUUCUAGACCUAAUGAAUAGGCCCAAGAUUGCCAGCCUGCCUCCUGAUCCCUGGCCUGGGACCUUUACAAUAAGUCAUCUGACCCGUUUCUUCCUCUGUUUUGCCUGUUGUUCUGUUUUGUCAAAGCUGCAGGGGAUGACAACCUGAAGUCCCUUCCUUGCUAGCUCCUUUCCGCUCCCCCUCUUACUCUGGUGGCCAGGUAACAACAGGCUACUACUUUUGUUAUUGUUGCCUUUCAGGUAAAGUGAUGUGUUGAAAGCAGAAGUUUGAGUGGCCUGCUGGGACCAGUUUUACAAAUACUGCAUCUUUACUUAGAGGUCCACUAUGGAAGAAGCAAGAUCCAGGGCAAGGGGAGCAGGGACAACUGUACCGAGUGGUCUGAGGGCCUUCCAAACAUGACUUUGUCUCUCUUAGACUUGUUUCACAGCUUUUAGUGCCAGAGUGCAAUGCUGUGUCUUGUGUUGAGGAGGAUGUCUAAGCUCUGCUGUCUGUUUUUGUCAGCUUUCUAGGCUGUGUCUUGUAGAGGGCAGAUGGGGAAGCUCUUCAGUGCAUGCAUGUGUGUGCACGUGCACAUAUGUACACGCGCACAUAUGUACACGUACCAGGGCCUGUCUGAAAGAGCUGCUGUAUCGCUGAGGGGAGUUUGAGAUCUCACACACUGCCUCCCUCACUGCUGCCCAGGUGUCAGGGUCAGCCGGUCCCAUAAGAAGUCUCCCUUCCAGCUCCUUGGUCACUCAGUGAGCAUUUUACUGUCUAACUCUUGCUGGGCUGAGUGGUCAGAAAGUAGAUUAGCAAUUAGUAGGGCAGGGAGAUAGCAGGGCACCCGGAGAAGUGGACCAGUUACAUAAAUGCAGGGAGAUACCACUGGGCAUCAAACUGUAGCUCUUUGGAAAUUUGGACAUGACGCAUUUCCUGUAGGGGAUCAGUGUGGAGUCAGGGCUAAUGACAGGUAUGGAGCAGUGGAGGGUCUCUUGAGAGGAAGCUGCCAGAGCUGAGAGAAGUGCAGCUGAAUGUGCCAAGGGACACAACCAGAUUUUCCCCAGGAGCAGGGUAGUGAUGUAAUGUGUUUGUGUUUCUUAGUGUCCGGUGCUGAAACAUCCAGGAUUCAGGACUGUGUCCACUUGAUUAUCAGUUGAGGGUUUAGGGGUCUUAAUAAAAAGGAAGCUAAUUUUUCUGGGGAGAGUGGUAAGAGUUUAACCAGUCCCUGUUCACCUCUUUUCCUCACCCGUUUGGUUAGAUGCUGGCUUCUACUGUUACCCAAAUUUAAGAGUCACUUUGGGGAGGAGAGGAAACGAACGUUCUCUGUGCAUCCCUCAUGGCCCCUCAGAUGCACCAGAGCCAUGGCACUGUGUGGGACGGCUGGAUGUUCCAAUGUAAACUUGUCCCCUCCCCACCUUCUCCAAGAGUCUGCAGAGCCAGCGCUGUGUGUCCCCAAAUCUGUGCUGCUCUGACCAGCCUUUAUUUCUACAAGAGGUUGCUUUACCGGCUGUUCCUAGUUUCAGACCCAAGUCAGUGUGGGGCAGGUGCUUAAUCUACAGGCUGGGAGCCUCUUUGGUUUGAGGUAGGUGGAAACGUAAAGCUUUCCCUGUAACUGGGAACAGCACUUUUAGUUCUGACAGAAGUGAAGCAUUUGGAAAUCUUGUUCAGAGUACUUUGAGCAUGGGGGCCCUGUCCUGUUCCCUGUCCCUUCAUGGGGAGAACCCCAUGCUGGUGACCUUUCCCUGUCUCCGCAGACAUCAUCUCUGCCUCCUGUCUCCGCCUACUUUCCCAUUCUGUUGGCUGGUCUGCCAGUGUGUGGACUUGUACAUCAUGAAUUGUGAACUUCUGGCCACAUGUAGUGCCCUUGGGUACUUGGAAGGAGACACAUAUCACAAGGACCCAGAUUGCUUAGAGAGUGUGAAAGAUUUGAUCCGCUACUUGAGGCACGAGGAUGAGACACGGGGUGUGCGGCAGCAGCUGGGGGCAGCCCAGAUCCUGCAGACUGACCUUCUUCCCAUCCUCACCCAGCACCACCAGGACAGGCCUCUCUUUGAUGCUGUUAUCAGGCUGAUGGUGAACUUGACACAGCCAGCCUUGCUGUGCUUUGGCAGUGUGCCCAAGGACCCCUGCCCCCGGCGCCAUUUCCUGCAGGCACUGGACUACUUGCAGGCUUACAAAGAGGCCUUUGCCAGCGAAAAACCUUUUGGAGUCCUCAGUGAAACCUUGUACGAGCUGCUGCAGCUGGGCUGGGAGGAAAGGCAGGAGGAAGACAACCUGCUGAUCGAGCGGAUCCUGCUGCUGGUCAGAAAUAUUCUCCACAUCCCAGCCAACCUUGAUAGGGAAAAGAGCAUCGAUGAUGGUGCCAGUGUUCAUGACCAGCUUCUCUGGGCGAUUCACCUCAGUGGCCUGGAUGACCUGCUCCUCUUCCUGGCCAGCUCAUCUGCUGAGCAGCAGUGGAGCCUACAUGUGCUAGAGAUUAUCUCUCUCAUGUUUCGUGACCAGAACCCCAAGCUGCUAGCAGGAGUAGGACAGGGCCACUUAGCUCAGGAGCGGAGCACAGAUGUGGCAGAACUGGAGGUGCUGCGCCAGCGCGAGGCAGCAGAGAGGAAAACCCGAGCCCUUCAGCGAGGCCACAGGCAUUCACGAUUUGGGGGCUCCUACAUCAUCCAGGGGUUGAAAUCCAUUGGUGACAGGGACCUCAUCUUUCACAAAGGUCUUCACAAUCUCCAAAACUACAGCUCAGAUUUGGGAAAGCAGCCCCAAAGAGUGCCGAAGCAUCGCCAGGCCGCCCAGGAGCUGUCUGCUCAGCGCCGCUCUGCCCUCAGUGUGAGACUCUUCCUCAGAGACUUCUGCUCUGAGUUCCUGGAGAACUGUUACAACCGGCUCAUGGGCUACGUGAAGGGUCUCCUGCUUCGGGAGAGGGCUCAGCAGCAUGAUGAGGUCUACUACAUGUGGGCCCUGGCCUUCUUCAUGGCCUUCAACCGAGCUGCCUCCUUCCAGCCGGGCUUGGUCUCUGAGACCCUCAGUGUCCACACCUUUCACUUCAUCGAGCAGAACCUCACCACCUACUAUGAGAUGAUGCUGACUGACCGCAAGGAGGCCACCUCCUGGGCACACCGGACGCACCUGGCUCUGAAGGCCUACCAGGAGCUGCUGGCCAUGGUGAACGAGAUGGACGCAGCCCCAGAUGUGGCUAUGAGGGAGAGCAGUCACGUCAUCAAGAACAACAUUUUCUAUGUGAUGGAAUACCGAGAGCUAUUCCUGACACUCUUUCGAAAGUUCAAUGAGAGACACCAGCCCCGCUCUUUCCUUCGUGACCUGGUGGAAACCACUCAUCUCUUCCUCAAGAUGUUGGAGCGGUUCUGUCAGAGCCGUGGGAACCUGCUGGUGCAGAACAAACAAAAGAAGAGAAAGAAGAAAAAGAAGGUCCUAAACCAGCCUGUUGCUUCUGAUAAUGCUCCCUGUAUCCCCGGGGGCCUAGAGGCUGUGUGGCCAUCCCUGGUCGAGCAGCUACAUUGCUGUAUCCAGGACCCUGAGCUCAGUCUGGACUCUAUGGUUCCCUUCGAUGCGGCCUCAGAGGUGCCUGUGGAAGAGCAGCAGGCAGCAGCCAUGGUGCGAGUCCAAGACUGUCUUCUGGCUGGCCAGGCCUCACAGGCUCUGACCCUCCUUAGGUCUGCCCGGGAGGUAUGGCCAGGAGAUGUGUUUGGCUCUCAAGACAUUCCCCGAGAGGAAGAGAUCCAGCUGCUGAAACAAAUCCUGUAUACCCCACUUUCCCGGCAGCCCAGGGUAGAGGAGGAAGAGGAGGAGGAGCAGUUGCAAGUGGUCCAGGUGUCAGAAAAAGAAUUUAAUUUUCUGGACUACCUGAAACGCUUUGCAAGCUCAACUGUGGUCCGAGCCUACGCCUUGCUGCUGCACACCUACCCACAGAACAGCCCCCACACCAACCACUGCGUGGCCAAGAUGCUGCACCGGCUGGCCCACGACCUCAACAUGGAAGCCCUUCUUUUCCAGCUCUCACUCUUCUGCCUCUUCAACCGUCUGCUUAGUGACCCCGCUGCCGGGGCCUACAAAGAGCUAGUGACUUUUGCCAAAUACAUCCUGGGCAAGUUCUUUGCAUUGGCUGCAGGCAACCCAAAAGUCUUUGUGGAGCUGCUCUUCUGGAAGAACACAGCUGUGGUUCGAGAGAUGGCCGAGGGCUAUGGCUCCCUGGAUGGCGGAUCCAGUCACAGACCCCCUGUGUGGAGCCCAGAGGAGGAGGCCCAGCUUCAGGAACUGUACCUCACCCAUAAGGAUGUGGAAGGUCAGGAUGUAGCAGACACCAUUGUGGCGCACCUGAAAGCUCCUCGAACACGCAAGCAGGUCAUCUGCCAUCUGGUGCGGCUGGGCCUGGCUGACAGUGUCAGGGACUUCCAGAGCAGGAAAAGAACACAUAUUGUACUGUGGACAGGAGAUCAGGAGCUGGAACUGCAGCAGCUCUUCGAGGAGUUUCAGGACUCAGAUGAUGUCCUGGGUCACGUCAUGAAGAACAUCACAGCCAAACGUUCACGGGCCCGAAUAGUGGAUAAGCUGCUGGCUUUGGGGCUGGUGGCGGACCGGCGGGAGCUAUACAAGAAACGCCAGAAGAAGUUGGUGCCCUCAAACUGGCCUAAAGGAGAAGAGGCCCUGAGAGAUUUCUGUCAGAAAGACCUGCCAGAGGAAGAGGGUGAGGAGGAUGGAGAGAACCAGGAGGAUGCUGAAGCAGAGCAAGCCCAGGGUCAUUCGGCCCGUUUGGCAGAAAGCCUCAGGCACAACCUGUAUCAGGAAGGCUUUUCUGCUCCCCUCCUGUGGCUCCAGAACUGCCUGCUGCGAGUGGCAGAUGAUCGGGAAGAGGAUGGUUGCUCCUCAGCGGUUCCUCUGGUGCCAUUGACGGAAGAAAAUGAGGAAGCGAUGGAAAAUGAGCAAUUUCAGCAGCUGUUGAUCAAGCUUGGAGUUCGGCCUCCUGCCUCUGGACAGGAAACCUUCUGGCGAAUUCCAGCCAAGCUGAGUCCCACCCAGCUCCGAAGGGUAGCAGCUUCCUUGAGUCAAGCAGAGGAAGAGAAAGAGCCUCUGCCAGAGCCUCUGCCAGGACUAGAACUGAAAGUCCUUGGAGAGCAAGGACUUGAGGCUCACCAGACAGAGCACCAGGCACAAGCCCUGAGGUGUAGAAAGGAAGCCGGCCUGGUGUUCCUGGAGGUCUCUGCAGGGGAGGGGGCUCUCGGUGGGAGAGGGCAGCUGCAGACAACCCCCGGGAAGCGGCAGCUGCUGGACAGUGAAGAGGAGCGGGAGGCAGUGGAGGGCAGGGACAACGGUAGGAUCUGGUCGGACCUGCUUUUUCUUCUGACCGUUAGCAUUCUUCCCUCUCCUUCUGAAAACAAAUGCUGCCACCUGCCUUCUCCCGUAACAUACUUAGAUGCUCUUCCUCUUCCCACCUGUCAUUCUCAGCACCAGAAUCAGGAGUGCCAGGAAUCCAGAAGAAGAAACGAUUUCAGAUGCAGGAUGAGGAUGAGAACAACAAUGGGCCAGAAGCCUACAAGGAGCAAUUGACCGUUUUUAGGUGGUGAAUUUAAAUCAGAGUUGGGAGCGUCACACAGGACCAGAAGCUCCUCUCACUGGGCACAAGUGGUAGCAUCCUGGGCUUCUCCAGGAAUUUAGGCAAUAGUGUUAGACCCUUUGCAGGUAGUCCUUGCUUCCCCCAGUUCACCUGUGUUCUCAAUAGACCUCCGGAGACAACUUCUAGGAGCCAUUUCUUUGGGCUUAUGAGCACCCCUCAGCAAAUGAGAGAUGACUGAAGUACAGAAGGCACCUUGGACCCCUUUAUUAGUCUGUCCUUUUAGCUUUCUGCUGGAGUGGGUUUUGGGUCACAGCAGAUAGGGAGCCUUCUGACAUGAUGGGUAUUGUACCAUUUUAAAAAGGUACCAGGUGCCCUGGUCCUCAUUUUCUUUCCUGUUACCCUUUAGACAACAGAUUGAGCCCAAUUCCUGCAGCUGAGGUAGGGUUGGGGUGCAGUACUCUCCAGAUGGUAAACACGAUUGGUUUGUGUUUUGUAUUAAAUUAAACAUGUAAAAUUAAAAAUUGCCAAUGUUGA